AUGGAACAAGUACGUCAUGGCCAAGAAUCGUGGGCUCAGUUUGAUGAUGACGAUAAUGAUGACAGUUCCAUGAUUCGAAACCCUCUCUCAGUUCCUAUUUGUACCUCUUAUUCCUAUUUUCCUACUGAAGGAUCAUCUUUUUUCUGUCAACCAGUGUUGAAUUCACAUUUUUCUAAUUUACAUUCGGUUAAUUCUCCUGAUCAAUUGAAUAAUCUAUCAAAUUCAUUACUACUACCUUUUGCAUCAUAUCAUUCACCUGAACAACCUAUGAAAUCUAUAGAAGUGAAAUCAAUCGAUCAUGACAAUCUAAGCAAUUAUGCACAGAACAAUUCAUAUCAGUUAAAACAUAUACAAUAUCAACUUGAUCCAUAUAAUAAAUGGUCUAGUUUCGAUCAAUCAAUCAUUCAACAGCCUACUACUACUACUAGUGUUCUUACUUCUACUGUAUCUGCUACACAUUCAAUGACUACUUCGAUUAUGCAAAACAAUACAACAAGUAAUAGUUGUAUUACAACAAUGCAAACUAUCCCAGAUCCAUGGGCAGUUACAUCAGAUCAAAAAGCAUAUUAUUUAUCUCAAUUUCUUAGAUUACAACCAGAUAUACGUUCAAAAUUGAAUGGGUUACAAUCAAAGGCAUAUUUUGAAUUAUCAAAGUUGCCUUCUUUAGAAUUGUCAAAAAUUUGGGAGUUAUCCGAUCUUGAUCGUGAUGGACAAUUAACUUUAGGUGAAUUUUGUGUUGCAAUGCAUUUAGUUGUGUAUAGAUUGAAUGGUGUCCCAAUUCCUAAUACUCUGCCUUUAGCUCUACUAGAAUUAGUAGAAAGUAAUUGGUUAUCAGCGAAAACAAUACCACAAACAACAACAACAAGUACAGUUGGCAGUACUAUUUCUGAUUGUACAUUGAAUUCGUUUAAACAAAGCAGUUAUAUCAAUUCAACAGGGAAUAAAUCAAUUGAUACACCUAAUAAUUGUCAACAAUCAGAUUGUUUACAACAAUCACCUUCUUCUCUUCCUAUAUCCGAUUACCAGACAAUAUCAUUGAACCAUGAUAUUCAAACAACUACUACAAAUCUAUCUCCAAUUGGAAUAAUUUAUCCAAUGAAUUCCAUUGAAAUGAAACAACAACAACAGCAAAGACGUUGGUCAUUAUCAAGUCAAAGUGAUAUAUGCUCACUAGCUGAAGGAAUGAUGUUGUUUGAAUCGAAACCAAAUAUGGAUGCACAAUUGAAACAUCCUAUCCCGUUAAGGAUUCGAACACUACCUUCAAGUAUAAUUCCUGAAACAAAUUCAGUGUAUAAUUCUCAAAACAUAUCAUUUCCCUAUAGAAAUGCAUUUUAUAGUACAACAAAUCCGGUGAUGAUAGAGUCCAGUAUCACUUCAUUACCACAUAUUUACAAAAUAUCAGAUAAGAGUAAACAACAAUCAUCUUCUACAUUAUUAAAAACUCAACAUUCUGAACCGAUUCCAUCUCAUUUCACUCAUAAUCAUUUAUCAAUGCCAAUAUCAAUGAAAACUCCACCACCACCACCACCACCUCCUCCUAGAGCGAAUUUAUUACUUAUGACUAAUAUUAACUCUGUGGAUAAUAGUGUACAAAAAUAUAGUCUAGAAAAUGAUAAACAGGAAAUUACUUCACCACUAACAACCACACUUGAUGAAAAGGAGGUUAAACCUAUAGAAUCAUAUCUGCUUAUUGACAGUGUGGAAAUGUUGAAGUGUCAAUGUGAUGAGGUUAGUCAAAUCAAUGAAGAACUAGCAAUAACUCUCAUGAAAUUACAAAAUAAUCGAAUUGCACUAAAGAUAUUUUUAGAACGAUUAAUGCCAUUAGAGACGGUAUAA